AUGACCCAAAAACACCAAAAUGACAUCUCGAAUUUAUGGACAAAUUCUGCGGAGUGGUACAGAACAACUUGUCGCAUUGCGGCGUACUCAACUUCGCUUCAAGUUGGCAAUGAAGUAUCAAGAGAUGGUCUGACGGAGCUGCUUAGAUAUUUAGACCACGAGGAUAUACUUGUGGCCUAUGCCGCAAAGGAGGAUAUCUGGAAGCUCGUUGUAAGCGGUAAAGUUGCAACAUAUCACGACGUUAUCUAUUCUAUUCUUAUGACUUUGCCUACUGCUUGGCGAAAUGGAUAUCGAUUUCAAUUGCUGCGGCACCUUAUCAAAAUCAAAGUUCAUAAGGAAAGUGUAUCUACGAAGGAAAACAGUCUAGAAAACCACAGCCUCGAUAGUUGGGACCAUUCACAUGAUUUUCCGUAUCCGAAGUCAUUGUUUCAGAAUUUGGUACAGAUUGAGGCAAUGGUGCGUGCGGUUUUUUCACCGGCGGAGGACAUGAGUGAAUCUAUCCUUCACUCAGUUCAGUACGAAUGUUUACUUUUUAUCAAUGACUGUUUAAAGUCGCUUCAGUACACAAAUAUCUCAGGACCUUGUCAAGUUAAGCUAAUUGGACUGAUGACGAUGCUUCUGAACGAUGUAUUUGUGAAAAUGGCUUUUUGCUCACAGCCGACAUAUGUAUCAUGCGUAAUCCUUGGUCUUCUUGGCUCAUUUUUAAAGCUAGGGGAUCUAUGGGAUACUCAAACAAAAGUUUACCAAGGGAAAAGUGUGAGAGAGAGAUACCAGAAGUGGCUUGGACAGUGUUUGACGUGGUUAAAAGAGUCAUCCUGCGCAGCAACGGCAUUGCAGCUGCAUGGUGAAAGAAAGUAUAUAAGUACUGCAAGCUGUGAAGCGUUCAUUUCAAAUUCAAAUGUCUACCCUUUUCUGCAGAAGUGGCUGCUUUUUCUAAGUCGAAUGGGUACGGCCUUUAUAAAGACUACUCUUACUCAGUUAGAAUGUUCAGGCUGCAAGUUUCAGGCGGCAAAUCCAGAAUUUGAUUCGUGUCUUCAGCGCCAGCUACCAAACAGGCAGCAACUUUUUAAGGUUCUUGCUGAGCAAGACGACGUGAUGAUAGAAUUUCUUAAUAACGUCGCACGGAUGGCGGAUGGCCUUGACAGUAUUCGCGACCUUCGUGCUCAAAAUUAUUCCCAACUUAUGGCCCACAUGGCAGACGAGUAUAAUCAAGACUUACUAUUUGCUGACCUAGUUGACACUCUUGGAUGGGAUCAUCGUGUUCUUUUGGACCUUCUCAUCUCAAAUGAGACUCAAAUGCUUGAGUAUUUAAUGCGAUACCUUCGGCGGCUUAGCACACAUUGGGAUAUGAGUAGGCGAAAGUUGCAGACUGUUGACCGACUUAACGGUGUAGUGAGCAUACUUAUUCGCCUGCGACUGGAGAUCGAUCGCCUUGUGGCUGCACAACUGUUUCCGUACGGUGCAAGGCCGCUGACUAGACGAUUGAUUUCGUAA